AUAUUAUCCGUUUAAUUUAAUUUUUUUCCUUUUCAAUUAAAAUGCGAUUAAAGAACCAAAUAUUGUUACAAAUUAAUAAGUAUCAUGUGCUCUAUUUAGCAUUAUUUCUGUAUUUUAUAUGGCCAUCAAGAUUUGCUAUGGUUUAUUAUGAGAACUUGAAACAUGACGAUAUUUUUGAUAACUUGUUAAAAAAGACAUCUAGGAAUUCUAAUAUUAUUGAUAAAAUUAACUGUAAUUAUUAUGAACUAUUUGAGAAAAACCAGUUCUUCUAUAAAGAUCCUUUUUCGUCAGAACUUCUUAAUGAAGCUGAAAUAAAGCAAGGAGGCGAAUAUUGGCCUGACAAUUGCAACACCUUAUUUUCUGUGGCUAUUAUUGUUCCUUACCGGAAUCGUGCCAAUCAAUUGAAAUUAUUUCUUCGGUAUAUGCAUAAUUAUUUGAGGAAACAACAAAUCCAUUAUAAAAUCUUUAUUGUCGAGCAGGCAGAUUCAAAAGCCUUUAAUAGAGCAAAACUAUUUAAUAUUGGUGCAUCGUAUGCACUUCGAGAAAACUUUCCAUGUCUGAUAAUGCAGGACGUUGAUUUGAUGCCUUUAAAAUUGGGAAAUAUUUAUGCAUGUACGGAAAGACCUCGGCACAUGAGUUCAGCACUUGAUUCAUUUCGUUUUAAUUUGCCUUACUACGGAUUAUUUGGAGGUGCUAUUGCAAUGACUUCAGAUACUUUUAUUCAUAUAAAUGGAUUUUCAAAUAUGUUCCAAGGAUGGGGAGGAGAAGAUGAUGAUAUUUAUGCAAGACUUGUUAAUAAAAAAUACAAAAUAAUUAGGUUCAAUCCAUCCAUCGCUCAAUAUACAAUGCUGAAGCAUAGUAAAGAAAUACCUAGUCCAGAACGAUAUCAGUUUCUACGAAGUGGAUAUCUUCGUUUUGAUACAGACGGCUUAAAUUCUCUGGUUUUUCGAGAAAUUGGCUUAAAGUCAUUAGAUUUAUACACAAAUAUUUUAGUUGAAGUUUAAAAUUAUUAAUUUUAUUUAUCAGUAAUUAGUAGCGAUGUUUGUGAUUUCUAGCAUUACGCACAAAAAUUUGCACCUAAGAUUUAAAUUUAAAAGCAUGUGCAAAAAUAAAUACUCAAAAUCGUUACUUAGUAACAUAUCAUUAUUCUUAACAUGAAUAAAAUUCAAAUGGAUAGAAAAGUGAAAAGAA